UUUCUUCAGAUCAACCCCUUUUCUUCAACAAAAUAAAGAAGCAAAAUACUAUAUAUUACUAAUAAUAAUUAGAUUUUUUAUAAAAAAAAUAAUAAAGAAAAGAGUAACAAUACAUCACUCACUCUAAGAAGAUCCACCCCUUUUUCUUUUUUCACCUAAAAAAGUGUUCUACAUUUGAUUUCUCAAAUACCCAAAAGCCUAUUUUGAGUUCAAUCUUACCAUUCUUGAAUAAAAAUGCAAUCUUUAUGUGUUUUGUGUUUAUGGGUAUCUAAGUCUUGAAUAAGAAUGCAAUCUUUAUGUGUUUUGUGUUUGUAGGUAUCUAAGUCUUGAAUAAAAAUGCAAUCUUUAUGAGUUUUGUGUUAAAGGGUAUCAAAGUUUUGUUCUUGUCUAUGGGAUUGAUCUGUAAAGAUUGAAGUUUUAGUUGUUUUGACUGAUGAAGAAAAUGGUGUGACUGAUUUUUGAGAGUUCUUGGCAUAUUAUUUUUUGGAUUUAUUCAAGUGUUUAGUUUAGGAUUUUAGUAAUGGAGUCAAGAAUGGAACAUUAUGAGAUCAUGGAACAGAUUGGGCGUGGAGCAUUUGGUGCUGCUAUUUUAGUUAAUCACAAGCAAGAAAGAAAGAAGUAUGUGCUCAAGAAGAUUCGAUUAGCUCGACAAACAGAACGUUGCAGGAGAUCUGCUCAUCAAGAGAUGGCACUAAUCGCUCGUCUUCAACAUCCAUAUAUUGUUGAGUUCAAGGAAGCAUGGGUAGAGAAGGGCUGCUAUGUUUGCAUUGUUACCGGCUAUUGCGAAGGUGGUGAUAUGGCUGAACUGAUGAAAAAAGCAAAUGGGCAAUAUUUUCCAGAAGAGAAACUUCUGAAGUGGUUCACUCAAAUUUUGUUGGCAGUGGAAUAUCUGCAUUCAAACUUUGUACUGCACCGUGACCUUAAAUGCUCAAACAUCUUUCUGACCAAGGAACACAACGUUCGCCUUGGGGAUUUUGGCCUUGCGAAAACGUUGAAGGCUGAUGACUUGGCUUCUUCAGUGGUUGGAACUCCCAAUUACAUGUGCCCGGAACUUCUUACGGAUAUCCCAUACGGUUUUAAAUCAGAUAUUUGGUCCUUAGGCUGCUGUAUGUAUGAAAUGGCUGCUCACCGCCCUGCAUUUAAAGCAUUUGACAUGGCAGGACUGAUAAGCAAAAUAAACAGAUCAUGCAUUGGCCCAUUGCCACCUUGUUAUUCUCCGUCCUUAAAAACUGUUAUUAGAGGAAUGCUGAGGAAGAGCCCCGAGCAUCGACCUACUGCAUCGGAACUCCUGAAGCACCCAUAUUUGCAGCCUUAUGUGGAUCAGUAUCGACCAUCCUUUAGUCCUCCUCCGUUAAGUUCUCCUGAAAAACCUCUCACUGCUGGUCAUGACUCCGGAAAGAAUAUGACAGAAAGCCAAAGUAGUACCAGUUCAUGCAGUGAUAAAGAUAGUUUAAAGUCGAGUGAGAACUUGCAGGAAAUGACUUGCAAUGAUGACCAUGAAGGCACUAACACGAAUGUUGCCUUUGUUAAUCACAAAGAUUUUGAGCAACAUUAUUCUGGUGAGGAACAUCACGGGGCCGACGCGGAGGACUAUGACUCUAGGAACAUUUUGCAUGACGAGAAAAAAUGUGAUGCAGAAGCUAAGCAACCCACAACUAUAAAAAAUAUUAUGUUGGCUUUGAAAGAGGGAAAAACGAGGGAACAUAGUUCUCCUAUGAGAGGUGGCAAGACAAAGGUCAGUGGUACUGGUGCAAGCAAAGCUAACAUUGAAGCAUCACCGAAAGUCCUAAAACCAGGUUCACCUACUCCUACCUCGAAAUCUAAUGCACAUACACCACCUACUUUGAACAAUCAGUUGCCUACCACUGAGUCCACCCCAAAGAAUAAACCAAGAAAUGGGGGAAUCUCUCCCUCUGGCACUAUAAGACAAGUCGUUCAUGAUAGAUCACCUACAAGGCCCAGACAGAGAACACCUCCUAAAUUUACUAAGCAACCGUCGUUUACUGGAAGGCUUCAGCCAGUGUGUCAUGAUGCCUUGAAUUCUGCGAACGAUGAUGUAGAGUGUGGUCCAAAUGACAAGUCGCAUGACCCCGAAAGGAUUCCCAAUUCUUUUCCUGAUGGCUAUCACAUACAUGCCACAAAGAAAAUUCCCGAAAGGAUUCCUAGUUCUUCUCCUGAUAGUUGUCACAUACAUACCACAAAGAACAGCAUGCUGCAUUCUCGAAAGGUUUCAUCAGGAGCUUCAAAAGGAAUGCAAACAGAGAGCAGCAAUUCUGCUUCUUCUUUAGUGUCGAUCCAAGGAUUUGAACUUUGUGAUGAUACAACAAAUCAUUUUGUCAACUUGACCGAACAAAUGGUUGGAAGUCAUGAACAAUCUAGCGAAACUGAAACCAUAGGGUCAAGACCUUCGUGUUCAGUUACUACAUCAUCACACUCAGAUAAUGCUUAUAGUUCAAUGGGAAACCAUGAAGAUAACCAGAAAUCCGAAGCAGGCUUCGUUGAAAUUUUUGAGGAGAAUCAUCAAAGUUUGGACGUUGGUACUUGCAAUGAGAGAUCAAAUUUGUAUGUAGCUAAAGAUACUGCGUCUCCUCACUUGAUAGAGAUUGCCCUUUGUGAUGGUGAUUCCACAUCAAGCAAGCCUGAUUCUACCACUGAUAUUUUGCAUCUGACUAACCUCAGUUUAGUAUCCUGUGGUAAAAUCAAGUCUAAGACAAAGUUGUCAUCCUCCACAACAAGCGUCUCUCCCACUACUCCACUCGUUUCCUCAAGCCAAAACAAUCUGCUCCACUCUAACCUUACCUCAAAUGCCAAUGGUGAUGACAAGUUCUUGACCAAGGAACUCUUUCCAUCGACAACUGAAAGGGCCUCCCCUUCCACCCCUCCUAUUACAGCCAGCCAAAAUAUUUUUUUGGCUGACAAGGUAAGUGUUCCACAAAAUGUGAUUCUUGAAAAAGCGGCUUCUUCUCAGCUCAAACCAGCUUUUGAUGAUGUCAUACAUGUCAUAAGGCACAGUAGUUUCCGAGUGGGUAUUGAGCAACCAGUGAUUGACAGUGUGGAGAGAAAUGUUGAUGUUGGAAAACGUAUGAAUGUGGUAAGGGAUGAGCUUGAUAGAAAUCUAGCUUCUCCUAUUGCUCCCAAAUCGUCGUCUACUUCUGGAUCAGUGAGUGUUAAAUCCAAUAUAUCCGAUUGUGUCCAUAAUAAGGAAAUGGAUGUAAGAAACCAGGGCAGUCCCACCUCUUCACGUCCAAGAUUAGAUUCUUCGGAACCAUCAAAGGCCAACGCAACACUUGUGGAGGACGAACGACCAGUAAAGGAAAUAUUAGAUGUCAAAUCUUUUAGGCAGAGAGCAGAUGCACUUGAAGGGCUGUUGGAAUUAUCGGCUGACUUGCUGGAGAAUAACAGGUUAGAAGAGCUCUCUGUUGUUCUUAAACCAUUCGGUAAGGACAAGGUGUCGCCAAGAGAGACAGCUAUCUGGUUGGCUAAGAGUCUGAAAGGAAUGAUGCUUGAUGAUUCUGCAAGAAAUUCAUGAUCCAUUAUGCAGAUGACAUGUCCAUUACUUUCAGUAGUGUUUCUCUACUCUUCAACUUCCAAUCAACUUCUCCAAAGGAAACACUUAAAUUGGUUCUUUGACUAUCCUUUUUCCCUUUUAGUAUUUUAGCAAUUUUUUCUUUCUAGUAACUGUAUAUACAGAGCACACAGAUUUGAACCAUUUUUUGUUCCGCGAAAUGUAACAAUAUCUCCUUACAUCACCUUUUACUUACUGUUAUCGCGAUUUUGAUAUGUUGUACUCUGCUGUUUUUCCAAUGCAUAAACUUUUGAGCCAA